GCGAAUGGCAGCCGGGAAAUACGCGCCAAAGUGAUUCAAAGUGAAACAACUCCAAAGUGAAAUCAAGACUCAAAUUGCGAAAUCCAUUUUCAAUUAUUUGAAAUCAACUUUUCGAGUCUUUUUUUUAAUAGUUUGAGUUUGAGUUUGAAUGUGUGUCUGUGUUUCUUUUUUUUAUCGUUUGUCUUUUUAUGAUUCUAUAUUUAUAUAAACUGUAUAUUGCAAGUGCCAAGUGUUGAGUGAGAGAGAGAGAGAGAGAUAGAGAGAGAGAGCCACUCCAACUUAUUGACAAUGAUUUGCCCGAAACGCACCUCGGAGCUGCUGGAUGUACAUCUGGCGCCGUUCAAGGUUAAGGAUCCAGCCUGGGAAAUUGGUAUAUCAAAAAUUGCUGGCCGUGGCGUUAUGGCCACACGCAAUCUAAAGCGCGGCGAGAUCAUCUUCCAGGACAUGCCACUGCUGAUUGGCCUGGCUGCCCAAGAGGAGGACUCGCUAAAUGCGUGCAGCAUCUGCUUGAAAUUGCUGCCCGAUACGCGCUUCAUGUGCCGCCAAGGAUGUGGUCUGCCCAUUUGCAGUUUGUGUGGCAAAAAGAGACAGCACAAGACCGACUGCGAUAUGUUCAAAUCGUGGGGUCCCAACGAGCCGGACGUGGCCAAUUCGGUGAUCAUUCGAUUAUUGUGUGUGGCCCGUGCCAUCAAUUUGACGAAAGAUCAGCGGGAUUUGAUCUAUUGCCUGCAGGCCAAUUUGGAUAACAAUCAUCGCACCGAGGUGCGCAAUGCGGCCAAGUGCUUCAAGAAUUUUCCCACCGACAAAAAACUGGUGGAGAUCAUGAAUCGCACUGUUGCCGUACUCCGUACGAAUGGUUUUGACAAGACAACGGAUCGCUGCACGGACAAUCAGGAGUUCAGCUAUCGCGCCCUCUAUCCGCUGUUUGGCGUCAUGAAUCACGAUUGCAUUCCCAAUUCGUACUACACCUUCGAGGAGAAGACCAACAACAUGAUCGUGCGUGCCGCUGUCGAUAUACUCGAGGGCGAGGAGAUCACCACAACCUAUACGAAACUCUUCACGGGCAACAUAGCGCGUCACCUGUUCCUCAAAAUGAAGAAGGGCUUUACUUGCAAGUGUCCCCGUUGCUCCGAUCCAACGGAGAAAGGCGCCUACAUAUCGGGUCUGUACUGUCGGGACACCAAUUGCAGCGGCUUGGUGGUGCCAGAGAUAACCGGACUGCCGCAUCCCAAUUGGAAUUGUCUGAAGUGCAAGCAGAAGUCGACGCAUGCCCAGAUGAUGAAGUCACAGGACUUUGCCAGUGGGGCAAUCAAUGCCAAGGUCAAUUCGAAUUCGCUGCGCACUCUGGUGCACUAUUUGAAUGAGAAGAGCGACAGUUUCAUACCUAGCAGCAAUUAUGUGGUGAUCGAUGCCAAGAUGGCGGUACUAACGCGUCUCGCCCAGGGACGGGAGGAUUGCAACGAGGAUCUGGUGUCGAGCACACGCCUGCGCUACAGUCGUGACAUAAUGCAGGUGAUGGACAAGCUGGGACUGGGCGAUUCGCUGUUGCGCACCCAACUGGAGCAGCAGCUGCACAAGGAGGAGGAGCGACGCGCCAAGAAGCAGCUGGAGCUGGCCGAGAAGCAACGCAAGCUUGCCGAACUCGAGCAGAAGGUGGCCGAGGCCGAUAAGCUGCUGGCCACCUUAGCAUUGGCCGAGGGUGCAGCUGCAGAGGCGACUGCGGCAGCAACUCCGGCAGCGACUAUGCAAGCGACUCCGGCAGGGACUCCUGCCGCCGAACAGGCCUAAGCUCAAGGGAGAAAUGCAAAUUCACUUAUCCCUCACCCAUCCCGAGCAGAUAUUGCUCGCUUGUUGUCUAUCUUAUUCUUUAUUUUGCGUAUCAUACAAAAAAAAUAAUGUAUUUGUAUUUAUUUAUUUAUAAUCAAUUAAAAUAUAUAUGUAUGUAUGUACUUAUAUAAUUAUCG